AUGUUUAGUCCAACAAAUUUAUCACCAAGAAAUAAUGGAAUUCAGGAUUUAUAAGAUAGAAGUUCAAUCUCGAAUAAUGACGAUUUUGAUAAUUCAGAUUCCUUUUCAGAAGGCACAGCAACUAUGGUGACAUAAAAGUUUUUAAAAGCUGAAGUUUCGUUUAUAUCUAAGAGCGAGUAUGAGAAUCUUGAAAACUGCCUGAUUUGCAACAUAUCAUUUGAGACAUUUGGAGGAGUUUCCCAACAUCAUUGUAGAGUUUGUGGUGCCUCAGUUUGUGGACCAUGUUCUAGAAGACAAAUUAAUUCUAAUAGAGUUUGUGAUUUGUGCUUUUUAAGAUGUUUCAUUAAAAAAACUGAACAAAGAAGGAAGGAUUAACUCAAUACAAAAAAGAAUACAAUUACUUAAUUAAAAUAAUCAUAAGAAGUACUAAAAAAGGAAAUACUUUAAGUUUAAAAGGAUAUAAACGAUAUCAAAGAUAAUAAAUUUAAAGAGAUAGAUGAGUUGAAAAAGACUUUGUAGUCUAAAAAGGAAGAGUUAGAUUAAAUAACAAAAGAUGUUUCUCAGCAUGAAGAAAUGUUGUCAAAAGCCGAAAUUUAGAUGAGAGAAGAAAAACAACGCCAGCAAGAUUUAGAAAAGCAAUAAAUUGGGUAUGAAUCUUAAUUAAAAGGUAUCAUAGUAGAGUUAGAAUAAAAGAAAAAGAUCAUUGAAUAAAAAUAAGUUCAAGUCAGAAACCUCAUGGAAUAGAAGAGCAAAUUAACAAAUACAAAAUCUUUCCUGAAUUAUAAAAAUCAAAAUGAAGCAUAUAAUGAGACAGAUGAAGAAAAUGAGGAUGAAAAUAAUUAGGAAGAAAGUGUAAAUCAUGAUAAUAACGAAUAAAAGGAGAAUAACUAAUCAACUAAUCACUAUCAUAAAUCUUCGAUUGUAAAACGUAAAAAUUAUGAAUUAAACGAAAAACAACAACCAAACAACGAUAAAUGCUAUUGCUAAAUAUUUUGA